GGUAAUUUAAAAUUAUAACAUUUAAAUUGUAUCUACCAUUUUAGUGUAAAUCCACAAUUAGCUUGCCAGCAUACGGUGCAACAUUAGCUGGCUCUUAAGUUAUCGUUAGCUAGCUAGCUAGCUAGCUAGUUAAUCGUACACAGUAGGCAUCACAGCACUUUCAAAUAUUCUCUAACAUAAGUUAGAAAUUUAACGCAGGUUUUCUUUACCUGAAACCGCUAACACCCUCAAUUGAUUCAGUAAGCGGAAACAAACAAACGGAGGAAAGUUAACGCUUGCGUGCCAGAAAAAAAUAUUGUUCCAGGUUUUCUCUGUCCUGGAAGGAGAAAACGCUGUGGCACCAUGGGUGUGUUAUCCACGCUGAUGAGGGGUCUGGUAAGAGGAGCGGACAGAAUGGCUGAGUUCACCAGCAAACGUGGAUCAAGGACUCAUAAUAAAGGCAGGGGUGCGAGGCCCACUGGACUGAGGCUCUCCAGCAGAAAGUUUCUGUCCAUACGGGCCAUGAUUCCUGAGUUUGUGGUGCCUAACUUGGAGGGAUUCAAACUCAAACCCUACGUAUCAUAUCGCUCCCCUAGAGGAACAGAGCCUCCACUUACAGCACAAAGUGUGUUUGCGGAGGUUGUUGCCCCUCAGAUCCAGAAAGACUUUGAAGAGGGCACUUUUAGCAAAGAACAGCUGGAGAAAUAUGGAUUUGAGCCCACGCAGGAGGGGAAGCUCUUCAAGCUGUAUCCCAAGAACUAUGUGCGUUAAAGAUGCACCCACAGUGUAAUGUAUUUAAAAUGAAAGGCACUGACGGCUGAUUAAAUGGAGACUGAAAGCUGCAGACCAACUGAUGUGACACUUUUGCAGGAAAAUCAUCACAAGUGGGACCGCAUAUUAUGUUUAGAAAGUAGUUUACUUUUCUGUUACUUGAUCAUUGGGAAAAAUAAAACUUAACAUCCAUACUGCAGAGAAUCUAUCAGUAGUCAAAACUGUUUACCUACUAAACAAUGGGUAUGUUUGGCAAGAUAAAACUAGAACAUACACAGAGAUGACUGUCCUGAGGCUACUGAUUGAGGAUUGAGUUAAUUACCAUGUAUUCAUUUUGCUCAAAACGUCUUGGUUUCAAAUAAAUUUUCACUUGUGUCCAAGUCAAGAUAUGCACAGUGAACCUAGAACAUGUCAAUGUUAACUUUAUUGGUCAGAAGGUGUAAUGAAUGUAACCAGCAAUAAAAGUGGCCUCUACAAAUGUU